AUGGUCUUGGCAAAAGUAGCUUUAGGAACAGCUGGAGCAGUUACUCUCGGAUAUAUAUUUGUUCCACCUUUUAAUAGAAAGCUAGAAAGAAAUGUUCUUCGACCAAUUAGGAAUUAUAGAAGACAUUUAUAGUAAGAAGAUUCAUUCAAAACUGAAGAAGAAUUUUAUCAAUUCUUAGGCAGUGUAGCCUUAGGCACUUUGAGAAUGUUUACAAUCGAAAACGAUUGA